CUGCGUCUGGGGGCUCUGCAUUUAUUGGAGUGUUUCGAGGUGGCGGCUAAGCUGAUACCGUCCUUGGUGUCUGACUCCUCUGCCAGCGCCACCCCCCUCACCUAGUUGCUUCUUCCCACCUUCACCUCCUUCUCCAUUUCUUCCAUUUUGUGUACGGUUCUGUAGGAAAACGAUUCCUGGAGUUGAAGAAAGAGAAGAUCCAAAGAGGACGUAGUGAGGAGGAAGAAGAAGCGUAGUGGUAGCAACUGUAUCACUUAUAUAGCAGACGCCAAACCAGAGCUGCCGCUGCUUCUUUGACUCUAUCUGAGUCUAUGCUCACAUAGGAUGGAGGAAAGCAACCGCCGCCACUACAACCGGCGGCGAUGGCGGCCAGAGCUCGCCGGGGAGAUUGUGGAGGUCCCUGGGGGCCACAUUGUGCGGUCCACCGGUCGGAAGGACCGGCACAGCAAGGUGUACACCGCCAAGGGCCUGAGGGACCGCCGCGUCCGCCUCUCGGCGCACACCGCCAUCCAGUUCUACGACGUCCAGGACCGCCUCGGCUACGACCGCCCCAGCAAGGCCGUUGACUGGCUCAUCCAGAACGCCAAGGCCGCCAUAGAGCAGCUCGCGGAGCUCCCCCGCCACCACGCCCCGGCCUACGAAUGCAUUGAAGUCAAUGAGCAACCCAUGCAAGCGGCCUCCGACGGCCACAAUUCGAUCGAGCAGUCCUUAUCCGACGCCAAAACGGUUGCGCCGCUGGGCUACGGUUUCCCUUCUUCGUUCGACAGCAAAACCAUCGACGAUACUAUCAGGACUUUCCCCGGUGCCACAGCCGCUGCGUCAUCCCCUUCAGCCCACGCGAUGACGUACCGCGAUGACACGCCUGACCUGCCCCUGCACACAGGCGGCUGGCCUCAGGACCUCCGCCUCUCUCUACAAUCCUUCCACGAACCCAUCUUUGAGGAACACCACCGGAGUCCUGAUUCCACCCAGCAGUCCUUUCGGUCUGUCACAACCAGUUUGGCUCAAGGCGCCACCUCGGUAACUUGUCCUGUGAACAAGGAGACGAUGGUUUGGUGGAAUGCGGGCAACACGAGCGCCGGCAGCGGCGGAGAGUUCAUGCACAGUGCGGCGCUGCCACCGCAAUCGGCCGUGCUGCAUCUCGUCAACAGCCAAUUCCAGAUAUGCACUCAGAGGGAACCCCUUCAGUCCAGUAAUUUCCCUUCGUUUCGCGCUUGGAGGAAUCCUACGGCGCUGCAUCCGUCAUUGGUGUCAACCGUGGCAGACGCGUUCGUGUCGGAAAGCUACGGUGGUUUCUCAGGAUUCCACAUUCCAACACGAAUUCAGGGGGAAGAGCAGCACAACGGAAUUGCCACCAUACACUCUGCUUCUCCCCAAGAAUACAAACUGCGAGAGAGAGACGACGCAAAUGCAACACUAGACUUUUGACGUUUCUUCUAAUGGUGAAAACAUGAAUGUGGUUUUGAUGUAUGUCUAAUUGCUGGCCAGCCAAAUCCAGUUCUUCUGCUUGUUCUUCAUUCUUUCAUGUCCACAAGAGACUAGAACAUAGAUUCAGUAAGCUACUGACAUAAUCGGAGCAGGGUGGUCUCUGUUCGAUGUCCUUCGCAAUGUGCAUGAAUGAGAGUCGGCAUGGGACUUCUGUCUUGA